UUUUUCUUCUCUCGGAUUUCAUAGUUCAUUCAUUUUCUGGUUCCCGUCUGUACAUUUCUAUGUGCUUCUUGAUCACUGGAAUAAGAAACGGUUCCUUUUACAUUGCGCAGAUUAUAGUAUUCCAAAGGGAACUUUUUAUAAUAAGUUCUAUACCAGAAAAGCUUCAAUCCGAACCCGACCAUUAUCCAACCCGUCACAAUGGCUACCGGGCCCUCCCCCAUCCCACCGACAGUCAUUCUCAACUCGAAAUCCAUCUCCCAGUCUGCAGCGCAUGACUUUCUGGCUGCGUACAUCGACCUUGCUGCCACAGACCCUGCAUACCAACCAAACGCCGGAAUCAGCGAGCAUGGCCCCGUUUCGCGCACCACAGCCGCUGCGCCUAAUCUUACGAUACACAAUUUGAAGCGCGUGAAGGCCGGCCUGGCGGGUGAGGUCCUGGGACGUGAUUUGGCGCUCGCAAAGCUGGAGGAAGGGGAUGCGCAGCAACAGCGGCAAGUGGGGGCGAACGGUGAUUGGGAGGAUGCAAAGAAGUUCGCGGAGGGUGAAAGCGCGGAUGCGGUUCAAGAUGAGGAUGAUGCACAAGGUCAGAUGGAGGUGGAUGAUGCGAGAGAGAAUACCAGUGGUCUUGACAAGGAGGAGAGGAAGCGGAAGAAGAAGGAGAGAAGACUGGCAGAGAAAAGGGCUAAAGCGAAGGGCGAGAUCCAAGCUGAAGAGUAAAGGGGAUAGAGAAGAGGACAAGGUGUGGAAACGGGGGCUGUUAUGGGUCUAUGAUUGGAAGGUUUUGUUGGCUUCAUUCUGCUAUGGGAUUGAUUCUUUUAGGUUGGGUAUCAAAAGCCAUGUAUCUUGUAUUGGGCGUAUCAGAGGAGUUUUCUUUUCCCCUGUCUUAUUACUCUUCUUUUUCAAUGACGAAUUCCCACGCUUCUACAACCGCCGAACCCGUCCUACAGGACCAAAAUAGCCGAAACUUCCCAAAGGUUUCCACACUAACUCGGAACGUGAA